GAAAGAACAGAAAACACACGUAUAUCUGUAUGAUGUAUUGGGAAGGGGGAUUGUGGUGGGGAUAGGCCCGUUGUUUUCAUGUCAGUAGUUACAUCCUGGACGCGGUCACUCCAGCCCAACCCAGCCUACACCAUCCCUGUUGGCUCAAAGGAUCUAUAAAUGAUGUCCGUCGUCGCACUUCUACGUGGUAGAUUCAACAGCUAGACGCAGGGAUCAUCUCUUUCUUUGGCAAUUGAAAAAACAAAACAAAAACUAUUUGAAAUCCAGCAACUAUGUUGCGUUUCUGUUCCUUAGUGUUGGUGUUUCUGGUUCUCGGAGUUGCUGGGGUUGGUGGGGUAGGUGAGUACAAACUGUGUUUCAAUGAAUAACAUUGUCUUAACUGAGGACGACAAGUCAUUUAAGAAGAUAAAUUGAAGCGAUCCGCUUUGCUAUAAUUGUAUAACUUCUCACCAAGCUUUAAGUUCAUAACUUCUUACCUAGCUAUAACUUCAAAGCUGCUCACCUAGCUAUAGCGACAUAACUUCUCACUUAUCUAUAAAUACAUAAAUUCUCUUCUAAUAAAUAACUAGAUAACUCCUCACCUAGCUAUAACUAUAUAAAUUCUCACCUAGCUAUAACUGCAUAACUUCUCACCAAGCAAUAUCUUCAUAACUUCCCACCUAGCUAUAACUAUAAGCCUCUCACCUAGCUAUAACUACAUAAAUUCACACCAAGCUAUAACUUCAUAGCUUCUCACCUAGCCAUAACUUCAUAACUACUUAUUUCACCUUACAUUAUUUAAUCUCAAAAACACUACGUCCAAUAGCUGAAUACAUCAAUGUUAGUGAAGUUACUGUCUAGCAGCCCUGUAAAGACCAAUGUUAGUUAACUUACGGUCUCAAAGUCAAGCAGGCAUUCAUUAAGUCCCUUCAAACCACAUCUGCUAAAUAGAUGAAAUUCGGCCACUACAACGUCUCUAAAACAAAGAAGUGAACGCUGCUAUCUUCUCAUGAUUAUUGUUCCUUACAGGUCCUGGCAUCAACCAUUGUAUGUUGGACUGCGACUAUGACAGUGGUUACAUAUUGAGCCCAAAAGGUUGUCACUGUGUCCCCAUUAACAGUGGAACCCCGACUUGCCCCGAACUCAAGCUACCUUGCCCGACUGAAGGCUGCAGGUAUGUGGCUAGUUGUGUGGGAUGCUUUUGAAAUGAUUAUUAAGUACAAUAGCAGAGCGGCCAGCACUGGUACAAAGUAGCCAGGUGUAAAAACUUGUUAAAAUGUCACCAUACAACAAGGGAGAUCACUACGUGUAUGAUAAGGAAGGUCAUAUUUGGGGUUUUAUUUAAGACAAAAAAAAAACGUAAUGCUACAACUGUGUACAGUGUAAUGCUACAUUUGUGUACACAGUGAUCCCACAUUUGUGUAAACUGUAAUGAUAAAUCUGUGUACACUCUGAUACUAAAUUCGUCUGCACUGUAUUGCUACAAUUGUAUACGGUGUAGUGCUACAUUUGCGUACACUGUGAUGCUACAUUUUAUUUACAGGGUAAUGAUGCACUUGUGUUCACUGUAAUGCUACAAAUACGUACACUAUUAUGCUACAUUCGUACCGUUAACUCGAACAAGGUCAAUUUCACCAUCGCAAUGUUCAUUGAACUCAAGUGAUUAAAACAGUUAUCCAUCUUCCUACUUUAAGAAGAAAAAAAAAAUCUCCUUUAAAAUGGGAUGUUGCAGGAUACAGCUAUAAUUAACGAGAAUGAAGGAUAAUAAUACAUGAAGGAAUGCGUUCAACGUGUGUGAAGGAAAUUGCAGAACAAGGCACGUGGAAGUUUGAAUCGAAAGACGGGGCAGUAAGAGAAGAAAGAACGUUUCGGCAGACAGAACAAAUGAAAAUUUGACCAGACAUAGAGUCUAGUUUAAAAACUUAAGUGAUCGCAAUGGUUAAUCUUCUGGUUCUGGUAAUGUUUCGUCGCUGCAUCCAUGUACUGGCAUCUUCGCAACGGUUGGGGGUAUGAUGUUGCUAUUCUAACAGCUCCUAGCUGAUGCCAGGGCAGCCUUGAAACUUUCGACCAAUGUCUUCUAUGAAAGUUGGAUUUUUCAAAAUUAAAAUUUCCGAAAGUGAAAGAAUUUAUUUGCUAACUCUGUGGAAACAUACGAGCUUAACGGACAACACUAUUUUGGAGGGGUAUAAAACGUUAGAACUAAGAAAAGAAAUGCAUGGAAAUUGUGGAACUAUACUUGUCUUAUCGUCAUGCCUUUCGAUUCAAGCUUCCAGAUACCUUGUUCUACUUAAAUCUUCUAAUUGAUUAAUGAGAAAUAAUUGAAUAGACCCCCCCCCCCCCCAAGCAUCGUGUUAAGUGUUUGGCGGGGUUCCACUGUUCUGUAGAUCAAAAUGUUCAUUAUACAAGUUUAACUGUGACGUCAUUUCAAUUGAAAGCAAAUCCCCCACCCCUCUAAAAAAAAAAGGUACAGCAAAAUUCCUUCACAGUUUAGAGAUGUUUGAAGCUAAGUAACUUGAUGUCACUUUCAGAUUUGGUCCAAGAGUGGGACAAGACGACAACGGCUGCCUGGCGUGUAAGUGCCGCGCACCGAGCAGAUUGGUGCCCAGGCAAACGCGGUGCCCACCGGUCUGCGCCAUUUACUGUCUAAACGGCAACGUGCUGGAUGACAACGGCUGUCCGACGUGCAUCUGCAGACCUGGCCCCGUGAGACCGCCGUGGGAGGUUGGGCCCGUUUGGGCGUAGCAGCUGAAACCCCUGUUCCCGUAAGGUCACCUUGGGGUUAUGAGACCUCUCGGGUGUAAUGAUUUGUUUUUGUUGAAUAUGACUUCCGGUGCCUGACGGAAUCGGACGUUCUCAGCAUCCGUGUGUGUGUGUGUGUGCACGUGACGAGUUGGUCAACUAAAACAACAGUACACGCGUUUGAAACUGAUUUUUAUUUUGUACCUGUAUAACCUAAGCCAUUAUAUUUUCCUUGAUGAUUUGUUGAUAUUAAUUCAAGUUGUGUUGUUCUUUUGUUGAAUUGUGUUGUUAUUGUGUAUUCAAGUGUAAACAAUUCAUGCAGUUACCUACUGAUGUCAUAUAAAGAUUUUUUUUUUUUUAAUCUAUAUUAAAAUGGGUUGUAACGAGCCUCUGGAAUUAUUGUAAUUUAAAAUGUUCGUGCUAGUGUUUAUUCCUGAAAUGUAAAAGUUCUGCGUUGCACUCAAUGAAUGUGAUUGUAUUUUCCACCCUCUUGACCGAUGGACAGAUAUUAAACACUCGGAGAGUAAUUUUUGAAAAGGU